AUGUCAAGCGACUACGAGAGUGAAGGGAGCGUUACAACUAUCGACGGGUUUGAAAUUCUCGAUGAUAUCAUCGAGAAGUUCUGCUCCCUCCCCAGGAGCCGCUCAAAUGUCCGCUUUGGUCAUUUGACGUUGCCUGGAUAUUUCACUACGAAAUACAACGUCGUGGACCUUCUGAGCUCGUCUAUACAUGAAGCAACAGAGUCUACACAGGUCUUUGUUCUCACGCGCAAGGAGCAACGCAUCUUUUCAUCCUUCUUGUACGAACAUAUGCCGAUGCUAUUGUGGGGCGAUCAGACAAUCGAUCACGCCGAGUUCUGCUCCAUUUUGGAAUGGUGUCGGGUUGAGCCUGGUACACCUGAAGACACUGAUGUCUGGGCAGAAGGCGGCGAGCGCUGGUGGAAGUGUGACAAAGUGCUGCCCAAACAAGUGUUCAUUGCCUUUUCACUGGACCCUUGGAUGUCUGCUGCUUGCGCUCUCGCCCUUACUGGCCUCGUCCAGUGGGCAUGCGACAUGGCUCAGACAAGUGGUGCAAAUAUCCGUGUGUUGACAUUCUCAAACUUCUAUGGGAACAGUCUCCUAUCGGAACUCGUCAGCCUCCGCUCUCAACAGCCAGUUGAACACUUUGAGCUGCCUAUCCCAACUCAUUUUCACCUCAUUCCUGACGCGGCUAUCGACUUGACACACGAGGAACAUAUAUACUCAACCAUUCAAUCUCGAAUGUCGCCUCUGAAUGCUGAAUCGAGGAAUGCCGUCCUGGUGGUGCCUCCGAUCAACAGAGAAGACUUCUUCCCAGGGUUGCAGUUAGCGCACGAUGUGCGUUACCAGUACCUUUUGAUGAGAAACGUCAUUGAUAGCGGCGAGACUAUGCACUGGAGCCUCAGAAACCGCGCGCCUGGCUUCGGGAGAACAGUCACAGUCAUUCAAGUAGACUUGAAACAUCCCAUCCCCGAUGUUCUCAACGGUUUUGAACGUAUACAUAUCGUUCUCGGUAAACGGUGCAUGAGAACAGUCUUCGAUGAGGAAACCAAGCAGAUUGUCAAGACUGAAGUCUCAAUCACCCAGAGUGAGCUUGAUGCCCUGCAGUGGUGGUGCUUCCAGCUGAACAACCCCUUUCCUUACCUCCGCAUCUAUGCUGGACGUGAGGGUCUGAGUGCAAAUGAAGACGCGGCUGUUUACAGACCCCUCCAUAUCAUGAAUGACCAUGCUGGUGCUUUCAUCAGUGGCGUCUAUGGCAUGUCUACCUGGGGUAUUGAUCCCGAGCGAGUCGUGGAAUGCUUCAUGAAGUCAACUCCAGUCAUUUCACAGGUAACGAGCCUUUUACGAAAGGAGGGUGUGAUCCAUGGACGUCUACCGAGGUUUGCAUUUACAGGCACUGAAGAGGCUACAUAUCGAAUUGCACUACGCACAACUGGCUACGACCAUCGCAUAGCGCAUUUCUUUGCGUUGCCAUCAUCAGAUAAAAAGGUCCUGUUGCUCAAAGCACAGUUGGCAGUUGUCCUGACUGUGUCGAAAGACUGGACUAUACAGAUUGAUCCCAAAAACGACUUUGGGGCUGACGUUCCUGUUUUUGGCUGGGGAGCAAAUCUCGCUAAUCAUGGAGAUCUCUGGCAAGUUCUUGGAAUGUGGAAGGCAAUUGCUGUGAGGUGGAAAGAGUUUGCAAGCCUUCUCUAUCCUCUAGAAUCGGUCUGGGAUGCAACUGGCUAUUUGAGACUACCCAUCGGCGCCGCUGAUCACUUUUUUGUAACAAAUCGUGACCUAAAAAAGGCUUUGAGUGACUCGGAUAUGUCCCUCGGGCUACCUUCCCAUCGCAUCGAGGAUGAAACUGAGAGCCUGGACGAUGAUCACAUGCGGGAGGUGAUGCGACAUUUGCUACGCGCGUUCCAGCAUCAACUCAUUGCCACUCGUCUCGGUGUCGUGCAUGGCGAGGCGCAUCUCAAGCACACUGUUGUCUCGACAGGCAAAUGUGUAGAGCUAAGGAGCAAAAGGACCGUGUCUCCUCUUCCUGAUGCAAUCUUCAAGGACCUGGAGAGAAACGGUGUUCUCUAUGGCAUAUGCACAGAGUUCAUCAAGGAACCAGACUCCCUGUUGGCCAUGAACUGGACAUUUAUUCCUCAGAAUCUGGUGGCGGAGUACACUCGAACGCAGAACUGA